GUCACAACUAAGCUCGUUGUCGUUUAUCGCAUGUUUAACCGAGUAAAAGUCCACGAUGUCAUUUGCAAGCCUCGCCGCGUAAGGAUAUGCAAUGUCUGACUCCGGUUUGGACUUGGACUUUGCUAGGUGCUUGAGUGGAGAGAGUCGUGUAAACUACAGUCGGUGUUUAUUUGCUUUUACAGGAGAUGUUUUAUGCCAAAAAAGACAUGCCAACGUUUGAUAACGGGUACCGACUGGAGUCUGUGCUCGGCAGGGGGGGCUUUGGUACCGUCUACUCGGGGGUCCGCAUGACCGACAGCCUGCCCGUGGCAGUGAAACAUGUGUGCAGCAACAGAGUGACUGAGUGGGGCUCUUUGGGCGACGUCGCUGUUCCACUGGAGAUCGUCUUGUUGAAGAAGGUGGGGGAGGCGUUUGGUGGCGUGGCUCGUCUCCUGGACUGGUGGGAGCGGGCGGACGGCUGGUUCCUAGUGAUGGAGCGCCCUGAGUUGGUCCAGGACCUUUUUGACUACAUCACAGAGCGUGGCGCUCUGGAUGAAGUGGCAGCGCGUGGCUUUUUCCGCCAGGUGCUGGAGGCGGUGCGCCACUGCUACACGUGCGGCGUCGUCCACCGCGACAUCAAGGACGAGAACCUUCUGGUGGACCUGCGGACUGGACAGAUCAAACUCAUCGACUUUGGCUCUGCGGCGCUGCUCAAAGACGGCAUUGACACUAACUUUGAGGGUACAAGAGUAUACAGUCCACCAGAAUGGAUCCGGCUCGGACAGUGCCAUGGCCGCUCGGCCACCGUGUGGUCUCUGGGCGUGCUGCUUUACGACAUGGUGUGCGGGGACGUCCCAUUCCAACGGGAUGAGGAGAUCCUGAGAGCACAGCCCUGCUUCAAUCGUAGUGUCUCUGCAGAAUGCCGGCAGCUGAUUGGCUGGUGUCUCAGCCUGAACCCCCAUGAGCGUCCAACCCUGGAGCAGAUCUUCCUCCAUCCAUGGGUGACAUUUCACAGCGGCGAUGAGGAGGCUGGCGGCACAGCUGACCCCUCGUCAUCAUCUCGGGAAGGCAUGUGAUUUGUCCGUCAAACAGCGGAGGAGCAUCAGGUGGAUGUUCUCAGGCUCUGGAGAUGUGUGGAAUGUUCCUAGAGAGCCAAAAUGUUCCCAAAAUGUUUCUCAUUCACUUUAUUUCACUACAAGCUUUUUGUACCGUUUUUUGUCCCUGUCUGUUCCUCACCGAGUCUAUGCAACGAUCCGCUUUUGUAUUGACUAUAUAUCUGAUUAGCUUUUUAUGUGUGCAUAUUUUGUACACUUUUUUUCAUUUAGAGAGAGAACAUUCCUCACCAUUCUUUAUUUAUAUUGUUUUCACUUCUCUCAAAGACUUUGUUUUGAUCAUGUUUUUGGUUUUUGCUCGGCCUGAUUCCACUUGUCAAAUACAAAGUUCCAGGGACUUUUCUUCUCCAUCUUUCUAAUGAAACCAUUUCCUAUGAAAAGUGAUGUCUUGUUGUCAGAUGUGUAAUUCUACAGUGGUGGCCAAAGUUAUUCAAACACUUGGCAUCCGCUGUGGUGACUCCGUAAUCAGGAAAAAGACCAAA